AUGACGGCGCCGGAUAAUCCCGUUUUGGCAGUCGUGGAGCAGCAUAUCGACACGACAGGGGUAAAUAAGAGCACCUACUCAUAUUCAAGCUCAUUUAUCCACCGGAUCAACCACUUCCUCACCCGCUACCGGGUUCGCACAAGCAAGAUGCACUUGAAACAAGUUGCCGCCGUCUUGGCGCUUACCGUGACGGCCGGGAAUGCACUGCUACGCUUUUCGUGCUCGUCCCUGGUCGUGGAACGGUUGGACCCGCUGGUCAACCCAGGAAUGGCGCCGUCGCCUCAUCUUCACCAGAUUGUCGGGGGGAAUUCAUUCAACAUCACCAUGGACCCCAAGUCGCCGCCGCCGACGCAGUCGACGUGCACGACGUGCACGUUUGCCGACGACUUCUCCAACUACUGGACGGCCGUGCUGUACUUCAAGGCGCGCAACGGCAGCUACCACCGGGUGCCCCUCAAGCCCAACUCGGGGUUCGAGCAGGCCGUCGGCGGCAUGACCAUCUACUACCUGCCGACGGCGGGCAGCGGCAGCGCCAAGGGCGUGGUGACAGCCUUCAAGCCCGGGUUCCGCAUGCUGACGGGGCAGCAGCAGUACCGCACCAAGGCGGAGGCGCAGCAGUUCCGGCAGCUGACGUACACUUGCCUCGCCAACAUCAUGACGCGCACGGGCGAGACGCUCGACUUCCCGACCAAGCCGUGCGCGGCGGGCAUCAUGGCGAACCUGCGGUUCCCGACGUGCUGGGACGGCAAGAACCUCGACUCGCCGAACCACAUGGACCACAUCUCGUACCCAUCCUCCGGAACGUUCGAGAACGGCGGGCCGUGCCCGGCGACGCACCCGGUCAAGAUCCCGCAGCUGUUCUACGAGGUGAUCUGGGACACGGCCAAGUUCAACGACAAGAGCCUGUGGCCGGCGGACGGGUCGCAGCCGUUUGUGUGGUCGCAGGACGACCCGACGGGCUACGGCAACCACGGCGACUACGUGUUCGGGUGGAAGGACGACGCGCUGCAAAAGGCCAUGGACACCAACUGCAACAUCAACUGCCCGCAGCUCAAGACGCAGACCAUUGCCGCCGGCAACAAGUGCACCAAGAAGUCGCAGGUCAACGAGAACAUUGACGGCUGGGUCGCCGAGAUGCCUGGAAUGGGGUCCGGCAUGAGCAACAUGGGCAAGUAA